CUCAAUUAAAAAUGGAAACAAGAUAUUUCUGAACAUCUUUUGAGAAGAAUGUUGUAGCGCCAGGGUUCUUUGUAGCUGCUCUAGCCAGGAGCGGUGUUCUAGGAGAUACUCUCGGUAGUUUUCUAUGCUGAGCUUGGAGUAUGACAUCUUUAGCAGUUGCAAUGUGUAUACUCUUUGAUUGGAAUUGACUUGAUUUUAUAGUUUCAGCUAGAGCUACUUAUGCAGUACAUUGAUUUGUGGAUAUAAUCAUGUAUUGGGGUUUAAGUACGAUUAUUGGAGAUUAUGGAAUGAUCAGUCUCUUGAUAUCAUUCGGGUUAUUAGCAAGUCUUAUUCAUACCUCAAAACAUUAUGUUUACAAUGCGACUGGACCAUAUGGAGUUGGAGUCAGAGAUAUUGUAGUUAAAGGUAAAACAACACCUCCUGUGUGAAUAUUUUACCCAAUUGAUAAAGAAGAAUAUCUCCAAAAUAUUGACAAUGAAGAAAGAACUCAUAUCGCUCUCCUUGAUGGUGAAGAUGCAAUUCUUGGUCGUGUUCAAGGUGCCAUACAAGCUUUUGAAAUCCCAAUCUCUAAAAUUGCACCUCGUUUGCCCACAAGCAUAUCUUUAUUAACACCUGUUGCAAGAGAUUACUAUUUGUACAGGAUCAGAGCGAUUAUUGGUUCAAAAUUACAUAAAGAUUUCGAGACAGGCCACAAAAAGCUUACACCUGUUAUUAUCUCACAUGGAAUUAGUUCUUGUAGAGAGCAUUUUGUAACACUUGCAUCUAUGCUAGCAAGUUAUGGCUGCAUCGUCUAUACUUUAAAUCACACUGAUGGCUCAUCCAUUAUAGGCAAGGAUUACUCAGUUAAGGGAUCCAAGCACUACAACUACAAUUACUAUGACAGAAAAAAGAAAGUAGACUCUUUUGGAAAUAAGUACGAGCAUGAUGAAUUCAGGUUAAAGUUCUUAAAUGGCCGAAUGGAUGAUAUUGAGACUGUCCUCGACUAUAUCAAGGACCAAUCUAUCAAAGAAUAUAAGCAUAUAGAUUUGGACAAGAUAGUAUCUAUGGGUCAUUCCAUGGGAGGCAUGACUUGUAUAGAGAUGGCCAAGAAAUUUGAUAAAGAUUUCAAAAUUUGCAUUUCUUUUGAUCCAUAUUUUUGAGCAAGACAUAAAGAUAUCGAAAAAUCUGAUGAUUAUUAUAUCAAACAGCCUCUAGCAUUAGUUAAUACAUAUAAAUUUGAUUAUUCUCCUUUUAUGGACUACGAUCAAGUCAAAGUCCACAAGAAAUUUAUCACCAAUUGCAGAGCGAAGGGAUCUAAAGAAAUUUAUGAUAUUGAAUUAGAGGACUCAGCUCACUUGUCUUGUAUUGAUGAAGCAUUAAUAAAUACAACAUUUACAAAUCUCAUAAAUAUGAUCGGCAAAGCCUCAACUGCAGGAGAGCGUCUCGAGGAACAUGGUCAUAUUGCUUUAUCCUUCUUAGAGAAGAACGGAUUCCUCCCAGUAAAUACAGGCCUAAAACCUAACCAACACCUUGAAUAAC